CCUUUCUGAGACACACACCUGUAAGCAGUGCAAAGAGAGCCACCUCAAGAGACUAACAAGAAACAAAGAUCAUGGUGUCUGCUAGGCUUCAGUUACUGGGCACUGCCCUGGCCAUCAUAGGAUGGAUCGGUGUCAUUGUGGUCUGUGCUCUUCCCAUGUGGAAAGUCACAGCUUUCAUUGGUCAUGUCAUCAUCACGGCGCAGACUUCAUGGGAAGGAAUCUGGAUGAAUUGCGUUGUGCAGAGCACAGGGCAGAUGCAGUGUAAAGUCUACGACUCCUUGCUGGCCCUCUCCUCAGACCUUCAGGCCGCCCGUGCUCUCACCAUCAUUUCCAUCGUGAUUGGGAUCCUGGGCAUCAUGCUGGCCAUGGCUGGAGGUAAAUGUACCAAUUGCGUUGAGGACGAGAGCGCCAAAUCUAAGAUCGGUAUCACUGCCGGUGUGAUAUUCAUCAUUGCUGGAGUGCUGUGUCUGAUCCCGGUGUGUUGGACGGCUAACGUCAUCAUCCAGGACUUCUACAACCCCUUGGUCCACCAAGCACAGAAGAGAGAACUGGGAGCAGCUCUUUACAUUGGCUGGGCAAUUUUGGCUACUACCCUCGGGGUCAUCGGCUGGUUGGGGACUAUCAUUAUUUGCGCGCUCCCCAUGUGGAAGGUGACCGCGUUUAUUGGCACCAACAUCGUGACCGCUCAGAUCUUCUGGGAAGGCCUUUGGAUGAACUGCGUACAGCAGAGCACUGGGCAGAUGCAGUGCAUGUCCCACGACUCCAUGCUGGCGCUACCCCAAGAUCUCCAGGCCGCUCGAGCUCUUGUUGUCUUCUCCAUUCUCGUGACUUUCUUGGGAGAUCUAUUGGCUGUCGCUGGAGGCAAGUACGCCAACUGCAUUGACGAUCCGGAUGCAAAAGCUAAAGUGGGGGUCGCGGCAGGCGUGUGCUUCCUGGUUGGGGGCGUUCUGUGCCUGAUCCCGGUCUGCUGGUGCGCGCACACCGUCAUCGGAGACUUCUUCAACCCCGUUCUAUUCGAGGCUCAGAAGCGGGAGCUGGGAGCAUCGCUGUUCAUCGGCUGGGGCGCGUCUGGGCUGCAGAUCGUCGGAGGGGCGCUUUUGUGUUGCCAGUGCCCGAAGAGUGACGGUCGCGGUUACUCCGUGAAGUACUCCGCUCCCAGGUCUGCUCCAGUAGCUUAUGUGUGAGACUCGGACUUUCUGAACUGGAAUUAGGCGAUUUCUCCUGUUUGUUGAAGGAAGAGAUGUAAACGUUGUAGUUUAUGGUUUUGCAUGACUAUUUUAACUUAAAUUAAUGUGGCGUCUUUUAUUUAUGUAUUUUUUUUAAUCUUCCACUAUAAAGUUAGUAGCUACUCAGUUUGUUU